CCCAUAUUCCAUCGCCAUUACCGACCUCUCAAUCCCUUCAAAUCCCCCAUUUCUCUCUCUCUCUCUCUCUCGCCCACCAAACGAAACCAAGCUUUUCCCAGCGUCCUUCUCUUCCUCUCUCUGAAACCUCUCGGAUUCCAAAAUUUGAUAAAAAGAAAAAACCCAGCUUAAAGAAGAAAAAUGGCUCAGAAAACAGGCAAGGAAGAGACGGAGUUCAAGGUUCCAGAAACGAUACCUCUUUGCGUCAACAACUGCGGCGUCACGGGAAACCCAGCCACCAACAACAUGUGCCAGAAGUGCUUCAACGCUACCACCACAACCACCACCGCAGCAACAGCAAAAGCUACGACGUUGUCUUCAUCGUCUUUGUCUAACAAGUUGCCACAGAAGAUUCAUAGAUCCAGCUCGUCGCGAUCGGCGGAGACGAUCAAGGAGUUAAAAACUGCGUUUUCUUCGUCGGAUCGGCCGAGAUCGGAGGUGAACCGGUGCUCCGGGUGCAGAAGGAAGGUCGGGUUGACCGGUUUCCGGUGCCGCUGUGGAGAGCUCUUCUGCUCGGAGCAUCGGUACACCGACCGCCAUGUCUGCAGCUACGACUACAAGGCAGCCGGGCGCGAAGCCAUCGCCAGGGAAAAUCCCGUGGUCAAGGCCGCCAAAAUUGUCAGAGUCUGAUUAUUUGUAGAAUUCCAGAAAAAGAUCUCUAGAAUUAAAAUCAAGGAUUGGAAAUCUCAUAGAGAUGGGGGAAUUUCUCUCAACCCUAGAGAGAGAGAGAGGGGGGGGGACAGAGAGACAGAGGGAUUGUUGUAGAAGAAGAUCAAAUUCUCUCCGAUUGUUCGUGUUCUCGUUCAAUCUUUGAUGAUCUUAUUUAUUUUUA